AUGGCAUCCUCCUCUAGCCGCGCCGCAAGACGUGGGCUAAGCGAUGAAGACAUACAAGCUAUCCUUUUCGAGUGGCCCAGUGGAAGCGAGUGUUCUGAUUUGGACAGCUCCGAUGAUGAACGCGUUGAAGCAGAGCCAUCAAGCAAAGGCCCCAUCGACGAGUACAUAAAGGACUCAUCGGACGAUGAAGACUUAGAAGUGCAGCAAUCGUCCACAGUAAAAAACAAGGUGAAGAAGAUUUGGCAUUGGGCGAAAAAAGACUUCCCUAUCAACGAAGGCUUUCCCGAGAGUGAACUUGUGCCGCUGGUUACCCCGGAAGAGGCUAAAACACCCCUCCAUAUGUUCUCGAAGCUCGUAGACGAUGGUUUAGUUGAGCACCUAACAUUUGAGACCAAUCGGUUCCGGGUUCAGAACAACAAAACGAAGGUGAAGCCUGUAAGAGUGGAUGAAAUCCGGAAAUUUCUAGGAAUAGUUCUGUACAUGUCAGAUGCGUGCCUACCUUUCAGGCGGAUGUAUUGGUCGCGACUCCUGCGUCAAACCCACGUUGCAGAAUGUAUGUCUCGCAACCGGUUUGAUGAAAUCAUUUCUCUUUUCCACGCCGCAAACAACGACGACGAGAAGAAGAAAGGAGAGGAUGGGUAUGGCCGCUUGUACAGAGUGCGCCCCGUUCUCACACGCCUAAACAGAAACUUCUUGGCUGCCGCAGAAAUGGAGCCAUGUUUGGCGGUGGACGAAAUGAUGAUUCCUUUCAAAGUUAGGCACAGCCUGAAAGACUACAUGCAGAAAAAACUAAGAAAGUGGGGCUACAAAGUAUGGACGUUAGCUGGUAGGUCAGGUUACGUGUACCGGUUCGAGCUGUAUGGUGACAACCUCGUCUCUGAGCCGGCGGACCUUCAUCAUGCAAUUGGCGAAAGUGGGAAGAUAGUGGUACGUCUGACAGAAGGCUGCCAAGGAAAAGAAGUCUUCUGCGACAACUUCUUCGCGUCUGCUGAACUCCUUGCUGAAAUGAAACAGCGUGAUCUGGGAUGCACUUCAACUCUCAGAAGCGGGAGGACUGGUCGCUGUCCCCUGCAAAAUGAAAAGGAGCUCAAAACAAAUGGGCGUGGCUCAUUUGAUUUCCGCCACGAAAAAGACAGUGGAAUUGUGAUCUGUCAGUGGUAUGACAACCGAACUGUAACGAUUGGAUCAAACAAGCACAGUGUGAACCCUGUGGGGUCUUGUCGGAGGUAUGACCGAAAGAAGAAAUCCUUCGUUGAUGUCCAGAGACCCAGCCUUGUGAAAGCCUACAACCAAAGUAUGGGUGGUGUAGACAGGGCAGACCAGCUGCUUGCCUUUACAGGAACGACCUGA